AUGCAGGCGCAGGGCAAGAAACUGUCGGAAGAUGAAUGGGAGAAGGGGAAGGUCCACAUUAAGGCGUCCGAGCUGGAAUUUGGCUCAAAAAUCGCUGAGGGAAAGUACGGUACAGUUUACAAAGGCAAGUGUCGCGGACAAACGGUGGCGAUCAAGCUCCUCCACAACCAGCACCUCAGCGAGGAGAAGUUGGAAGAGCUCAAAACGGAAGUUGAAAUUAUGACACGGCUGAGGCAUCCGUGCAUUUUGUUGUUGAUGGGGGUGUGCACCGAUCCCAACAACGUCGCUCUGGUCAUGGAGUAUGUCGAGGGCAAAGGACUAGACCGCAUCCUUCACGACGCCAAGGUGCCCCUAUCCCAGACUCAGCAGCUACGUAUCGCCAAGGACAUUGCCAAGGGCAUGAACUGGCUUCACUGCCUUGACCCCCCUAUCAUCCAUCGCGACAUUAAGCCUCCCAACAUCCUGGUCAAUGCCAACUUCGAUGUCAAGGUUUGUGACUUCGGCCUUUCGUGCGUAAAAGAAAUCCCCAAGCCCGGCGACAAGCUGCGCGACACUGCUGUUGGCUCCCCCAUUUGGAUGGCUCCUGAAGUGCUCUCUGGUCACCUGGCGUCGGAGAAGUCGGACGUGUACGCCUAUGCCAUCGUGCUCUGGGAGAUCCUGACGAGGAAGGCCCCCUUCUCCGAUGUCAAGUCUUUCGAAGAGUUCCUUGACGACGUGAUCGAUAACGACAAGAGGCCGCCCCUACCGGAUACAACUCAUCCCAGGCUGGCCAGGAUGAUUCAGUCCUGCUGGGAUGGCCACCCUAAGAGGAGACCCUACUUUGCCGAGAUACUCAACGAGCUCGACGAAAUCCUGGUGGAGAUUUCAAUCAAGGAGGAACCUGCCCAAGAGAUUUGGAAGGCCCUCAAGGCCAAGGAAUUUAUGGGCGAGCACUACCCGUUCUUCGUGGCUUGGGAGAAUCUCAUUGAGGCGCUCGCCAAGGUGCUCAAUGUACCCGAGCUCAAGACGAGUAGUACCGACAAGGCUUAUCUCUGCCUCAGGACGCUACUUGCUACUCCUUACCGCGAUUUUACCCGAGACAAGCCGCUUAUGACUGUCACCUGCGAGGCGUUUGGAAGGUUUCUGGAUUGCUUUGGGCCAUUGAUCGACGAGGACAAGAACAUCAUCACCAAGUUAGUUGAGAUAUGUGAGAAACCUUGGUUUCACGGUGACAUCGGGCGUAACGACGCCGAGUCGCGCCUGAAUUCGUCUAAGGAGAACAAGAAAGGUCUGUUUCUUGUGCGACUGAGCAGCAAUAACGACAGCUGCUUCACCAUCAGUCGGAUCAACAAGGACAACAAAAUCGUCCACCAAAGGAUUGCACGAGACAAGCGUGGCAACUACCUCGUCCAGGUCGGUGAAGAGCUCAAGGCUUUCAAGUCGCUUCUUGACCUAAUUGAGAAAGGCGAGAGAGAUCUUAACCUGAAGGUAGCGUGUGGGGAGAGCAGGGCGUUCAACAUCAUCUUCGCCCCUUUGAUCGAGUCCAGGGGCUACCUCAGCGAGAUGCCAUCUGCUUCCCCAGAAACAGCUGAAAAGCCCAAAAAGCCCAAGAAGACUGGCACCAAGAAGAAAAAGGAGAAAGGUGAGAAGAAGGAAAGGAAAGAGAAGAAGGAGAAGAAAGAAAGAGAUGAAAAGAAGAAGACCAAGAAGUGA